AACAUCAAGGUGUUGAUGGCUGUCCAAUGUGCCAACAUAUCUAGAUCCUCUGCAAGGCCUCUCCUCCCUCCAGAGUCAUAAGUAACUGUUAAUACUUUGAAUAAGUGCUACUGAUUUUUCAUUUCUCUACAUAGAUAAUUUUAAUAUCAUGGUCAUCUAAGUACUACACUGGAAAUGUUUUAUUGCAGUCUAUCGGUAUCACACUUUAUCUGAACUUUUCUGUUAACCUGGGCUCUGUAAAUCAGUGUGACUGAGGCAAGUGAGGUGACCUUGGUGAUUCAAGCUUGUUUGCUUGCUGUGCAAUGAGAGCCAGCUAAACGUGGACAGUAACAAUGGCCCCACGAGGCCUUACCCAGCUGCAGCUUGCCCUGUGCCCUGUCUCUUCAGGGCACAAGCAGGGCGCUGGAAUCGCACGGGGAAGUUUAGCAGGGCCCUGCACCAGUACGCCUGCCACAUGGUGAUACUUGAGAGAGAGGUGCGGGCAAGAGGUACCCCUUCUGCAUUGUCUGUGCAGAUGGGACGUGUCUCACCACUCUUUUCCACAUAAACUGCUCAGUUUUGAGCUGGGUGGUCGUGCCUGGACACAGAGAGGCUAUGGUGGCAGGGAAUCCCCGUGCCCUUCCCAGCCACACCUCAUGUGUCACCACAACCACGGGGCAGCCCAUGUUGCAGGCACACAACUCAGAGCCCAGGCGUUCAUAAACGAAUCCAGGACUCCUCCUGCCGCCUGCUUCACCUCACGUUUAUCACAGCUUUAUUCCGUCACUUUAUUGCCCGCUUUCUCUGCCGCCUCCCCCAGGCUCUGCCUCCCCGAACGAGCCCCACCAGGCGGCCAUCGGCUCAGCAGCCCCCUCUCAGCGCCUCCCCCGGUGACCUCCGUCCUCCGGCUCCCCGCCCCGCCGGCCCCUCCUCGCCGCCGCCCGCCUCAGCGGCAGCCACUCGGGGCCGGCCUGGCGCGCACACCCCCGCCCCGCCGGCCUCCGCGCUCGCCAACAUGGCGCUGGUGCGGGGACGCCGCUGCCUCUGGGCGCUGCAGCGUCAGCAAUGGAACCCAGCACAAAGAUUUGUGAGAUGCGUCUCCUCGACAGUGGGAGGUCACAACAUAGGGAAGAUUCUUAUUGCAAACCGAGGAGAAAUUGCAUGCAGAGUGAUGCGAACAGCAAAGAAAAUGGGUGUGAAGUCUGUAGCAGUUUACAGUGAAGCAGACAAGAAUUCCAUGCAUGUAGCAAUGGCAGAUGAAGCAUAUUGCAUUGGUCCUGCACCCUCACAGCAGAGUUACUUGUCCAUGGAGAAAAUCAUAAAGGUGGCCAAGGCCUCAGCGGUACAGGCUAUUCAUCCAGGUUAUGGUUUCCUCUCAGAAAACACAGAGUUUGCAGAGUUGUGCAAGCAAGAGGGAAUCAUCUUCAUAGGUCCGCCUUCAUCUGCUAUCAGAGAUAUGGGUAUUAAGAGCACUUCCAAAGCUAUAAUGUCUGCUGCUGGCGUUCCUGUUGUUGAAGGUUAUCAUGGAGAAGAUCAAUCAGAUGAAUGUCUAAAAGACCAUGCAAAGAGAAUAGGAUAUCCAGUAAUGAUUAAAGCUGUUCGCGGAGGUGGAGGAAAGGGCAUGAGAAUUGCUCAUUCAGAAAAGGAGUUUCUGGACCAACUAGAAUCAGCAAGGAGAGAAGCAAAGAAGUCUUUCAAUGAUGAUGCAAUGCUGAUUGAGAAAUUUGUAGAUAAUCCAAGGCACGUUGAAGUCCAAGUGUUUGGUGACCAGCAUGGCAAUGCGGUCUAUUUGUUUGAAAGGGACUGCAGCGUGCAAAGAAGACAUCAGAAGAUCAUUGAAGAGGCACCAGGGCCAGGAAUUAAUCCUCAAGUUCGAAAGAGACUUGGAGAAGCUGCUGUCAAAGCAGCUAAAGCAGUGAAUUACGUAGGAGCAGGAACAGUGGAGUUUAUUAUGGACUCCCAGCAUAACUUUUACUUCAUGGAGAUGAAUACCAGACUGCAAGUAGAGCACCCUGUUACAGAGAUGAUCACUGGAACAGACUUGGUGGAGUGGCAGCUUAGGGUUGCAGCUGGAGAGAAGAUUCCCCUAAAGCAGGAAGAGAUUCUGCUCCGAGGCCAUGCAUUUGAAGCUAGAAUAUAUGCUGAAGACCCUAAUAAUAACUUCAUGCCAGGGGCUGGGCCAUUGUUGCACUUGUCCACCCCACCACCUGAUAAUUUCACCCGGAUAGAAACUGGAGUCAGACAAGGUGAUGAGGUUUCUGUUCAUUAUGAUCCAAUGAUUGCAAAGUUAGUUGUUUGGGCCGAGGAUCGUCAAGCAGCACUGAGAAAGUUGCAAUACAGCUUGCAUCAAUAUAACAUUGUAGGAUUAAGCACUAAUAUUGAUUUCUUACUGAGCCUGUCAGGACACCCACAGUUUGAGGCUGGAAAUGUGCACACUAAUUUCAUUCCUCAACACCAUGAUGAACUGUUUCCAGCCAAAAAGGCAACGCGACAUGAAGUUGUGUGUCAGGCAGCUCUGGGACUCAUACUGAAAGAGAAAAUGGCAACAGAUGCUUUUAGAGAUCAGUCAGGUGAUAAAUUCUCACCAUUUGCAUCCAGCACUGGUAGAAGAAUAAAUAUAUGCUAUACUAGAAAACUGUCUCUGCUGGAUGGGGAAAAUAUUGUGGAUGUAGCUGUAAGUUACGGUAAAGAAGGAUCAUACACCAUGCAGAUUGAAGAUAAAAUGUUUGUGAUUUCUGGAGAGAUCUUCAAUGAAGGUGAUUCAGUUUACUUGAGGUCUUCAGUAAAUGGAACAGUGUGCAAGUCCAAAUUGGUCAUUUUGGACAACACCAUUUAUCUCUUCUCUCCGGAAGGUAGUGCUCAGAUUGGCCUUCCCGUACCCAAGUACUUAUCUGCAGUGAGCUCAGCAGGGAUGCAAGGUGGUGCCGUAGCACCCAUGACGGGCACAGUUGAAAAGGUGUUUGUGAAAGCAGGGGAUGAGGUUCAGAUUGGAGACCCUCUAAUGGUUAUGAUAGCUAUGAAAAUGGAGCAUACCAUAAGGGCUCCAAAGGCAGGAGUGAUAAAAAAGGUUCAUUUCCAAGAAGGUGCCCAGGCCAAUAGACAUGCUCCGCUAGUUGAAUUCGUGGAUGAAGAGGCUGAAUCAAAAUAAAAUUCAAGGAAGGUGCAUUUUAUUUUUCCUACUUUGCUGAUAUUCUCUCAGGAGAAGUUUUCUUCACAUUUUCAGCAAACUGUUUUGUAUAAUGGAUUGAGGAAUUGGUUUCCUCUGCACUCCCUGCAUAGUUGUACUGUAAAUUAUGCUGACUUCACUGAAAUCUUGGAUAUCACUAUACUUUAAUCGUGUAUAUAACUUGUGGACCUACAUGAUUGUUGUUCAGUGAUUGUGUUUGCCUGUGUAAAGGCAUUAGACUGGGAAAAGAUAUGGACCGCCUUAAGGAUACAAGAGGUUAGUAAGGACUGUACGUUAUGGAUAGCUAGGGUUCUUCUGCCUACUUUUUCAUUCAAAGAUGCCUAUUUUCCCUGAGAUGUGAGAUUUCCUUCAUUUGAAGGAAAUCUGAAAGGUGAUAAUUACUUCACGAAUGAAUUUCUCAUGCAAAAUUCCUGUUUGUGGCCUUGUCCUUUUGCCCAAAUAGAGAAUUGAGGAUUGUUUGUAACCCAGGAUCCCUCUCAGUCAUUUUUGGUGCAUCUGUUUUCAUACUUACCUCAAUGAGCAGUGAAAAUUUGCAUUUCAAAAAUUAUUUUAAUAUACUUUGAAAUAUGCGAUAAAAAAAAUAAAAAUACAAAAUAACACUUGCUACACUAAUCAAAGUUGGAAUGUGACUGCUUUCCAAAGGUAAUAUUUGAUCUUUAAACAUGAAGCAGUAGCACAGAAAGAUGAUAAGCUUGUUUAAUACUUGGAAAUUGUGCCAAAAUAAAAUACUGACUUCAAAAUCCUCAUUACUUUUCUCAUAUUGUUCAUGUUCAAAUAUGUUGCUUACUGGCUGGAGUGAAGUACCAAGAUCUUUAUAAUAACAUGAAAUAUAACUGAGAAUAAUAUACCUUUUUGCAUCUGUAGUGUUGCAAAAGAGAAAAUUGAUAGGUUUUUGAUAUUUAAAGAAAAUAUUUCUCAGACAGCAUACUGAUGGUUUACCAUUUUUUUUUAACUUGUUUAAAAACUGUCGCAAAGAUAAGGGAACAGAGAAGUAAAAAAAAAAAAAAUCAAUGGAAUAUUUCAAUUGCUACAAACUUGUUACUUGCAAAAUUUUGGUUAAGGUGGAGUUCUGCUGGUCAUAUGGACUUCUGUUACAGUGAUACUGCACAAAGGAACAAAUAGGUGCUGCAGUGAUCCCAAACUCCUAGUUAUAUCUGUGCAAAUAAAUCCUUAUUUCAGAGUUAGUAUACAAUGUCUUGGGCAAUUUUCAGCUCGGAUUCUGUAACUGUGCAGCCUUACCUGCAAUGCAGACAAAAAUUGUAAAAACUGAAAUGUGUCUAGACGGUCUGUAUAUUAAAAGCAUAAGAAUACUACUUUUCAAUUUUCCUGGUAAUCCAGUGGCCACUUUACAAAAAGUAAAAUCAAAUGAUCGUCUUGUAGAGGAUUGUCACAGUGAUUUUUAUUUACCGCCAAAUAAAAAUUGAGCUGGAUUUG